AUGCAAGUCUCCACGGAAAUCUACGAUCUUAUUACAUUCUAUGUUGAGAACAUCGAAAAUACCGGGCUUCACUUUGGACAAGAAGAUCCUCGGCGUUACAACAUUCGCGGUUCCGGAUCUAAGCAAAUGCUAGCCAACUUACGUUUGGUCAGCAAAGCUUUUUGCAUGAGCGUAUCACCGCGGCUGUUUCGACAUGUAGUUGCUGAACUUUAUUCCUCUUCUCGUACUGGUCAUUCACCUUUGGUUCGGCUCAUCGAGAUAUCUAAAAGCCGAUACGCCAUAUAUGUCCGUCAAAUUGAUUUUAGAUUUUAUAGCUAUAGUUCAGGCUCUGCUGAUAGACCUGACGUGGAAGACCUCGCCGGAAUACUUCCACCAUGCUUGGUUCGGUUCACCAACCUAAGAGCACUCACAUUCGAUAAACCACCCUCCGAUCUUUCCCAAGAGAAGACAAGAGUGUAUAUCCAUAGUGUCAUUGCGGCUUUUCGUGAUGUGCCGCUUCCGAAUCUCGAAGAACUUGAGAUCCAUUUUCCGAUUGCCCACAAUUUUGGGCAAUUCUUUCCUCUGAAAACCAGUGCGGUACAGAUCCCAAUCACAGAUGUCAUUCAGCGACUUCGACGUCUCGAAUUGGCUGUCUGCGCUUACACAGAUCACCGUCAUCAAAGAUAUUGGCGUAAACCUAUUUCGCCGGAAUAUGCUGCUCUACCAAAUGAGGACCAUGCGUCCUAUUUGUUUAAGAUGAUUGAACCUGCCAUCAACCUAACAUCCCUCUCAAUACGGGGCUUGGAUAUUAUAGAUCUUGACACGGUCAAGUUCUCUCCAUCUUUGCGCCUUCGCUUUCUAACUUUGUCCUGCGUGUCUAUAUCUGCGCAAAAUCUCCUCUCACUCAUGGUACAAUCCAGACAGUCAUUACGAGUUAUCGGACUCGAACUGGUCAAAUUGAAUACCGAAACAUGGCAUCACGUUCUACUGGAAAUGAGCAAAUUCCCACAGCUUGUCGAUUUUCAUAUUGAUUCUAGUGGAUAUUCGUUAACAGGGUCAAGCUCUCAUUUUGUUCCAGGAUUACUCCCAGAACCAGACGACCCAUCCGCUAUCGAAACUCGCGAGCGCCAUGAUAUUCCCGCUCUAGGUAAUCUAGUACGUGCGGUAAAUGCGAAUAGAGUUAAAACAGGGCUUCAGCCUUUGUCAGAUUAUGAGUACAAGUUCGCCAGACUACCUCCUCUGGAAACUCAGUUGCAGGACCUUGACCUCGGGUCUGGACCAUAA